GUUCUUCGCCUACAUUCGUAUCAAAAUACUGUGAAGCAGUGCACAAUCUCUCCGUUUAAACCAAACCCGUCCCCGCAUCUGGAUCUUAUAGGAUAUAGGGUAUAUGUGCUUUGAGCGCCUAUAGUACACCACCAUGUCGCAGCAUCAGAUUCACUAUCCUCCCCCACCGACUCAGGGAGCUUCGUACUCUCAACCUCAAAACGCUCCAUCUUUCCCACCGCCUCCUCAACCCUCCCCUGGCUUUCCUCAUGCUUCUUCCGGUUAUCCGCAACCUUCCCCCGGGUUCCCGCCGUCGAACUUCAGCUACAACCCUCCGCCAACGCAACAACCCGCCCAACAAGCAGACUUUCCCCCUCCACCUUCUGUGAGUCCUCCUGCAAGUGAGAAGACCUACGUCAUUCAGAAUGCUCAAGCGUAUGCGGCAAACUCCGGACUCAGUCAAACUUCGUCGGCUGCGGCGAAUGAGAAAGCACAUGCUGCAAAUUCGAUACACCCUCAAUCACCGCCGCCACAAGCAUUACAACGUGCCUCUCAGUCUUUCAGCGGUGGAUCGUUUGUUGGAGCUAUGUCGACCGCUGCGGACGACGUGGGAACCUUUAACGGAGGGAGUUAUCGAAUUAGCCACCGCGAUACCAAUUCGAUUCUGACUCUCCAGCUUGCUGUUGGGUGUCCACUCCAGGUGAAACCAGGUGUCAUGAUUGGCAUGUCUCCUACGAUAACACUAAGGGGUAAUCUUUCUUUCACUUUCGUUAAGCUCAUUGCGGGAGGCGAAAUGGCCAUGUCUACCUAUACUGGGCCUGGCGAACUUCUAAUUGCCCCAACCCUGCUAGGUGAUAUCACCGUCAUCCGACUUACAGAAGGGCAAGAAUGGAUAGUCGGUAGAGACGCUUUUCUUGCAGCAACAAGCGCCGUCAAGCACGAACACAAAACGCAGGGUCUUGCCAAAACUCUCUUCUCUGGAGAAGGACUUUGGGUGUACAGAUUUUACAAGACGGGCUUGCUCUGGAUACAAAGCUUUGGGGCAAUAAUCAAAAAAGACCUCGCUGAUGGAGAGUCAUAUUUCGUGAACAAUGGCCACCUUGUAGCUUGGAACUGCAAGUACAAACUUGAACGCGUGGCCUCCGGCGGUAUCAUCUCCAACUUCAGCGCAGCCGAGGGUUUAGCAUGUAGGUUUACAGGACCUGGCACGGUGUAUAUGCAAACUCGCAAUGUGGCAGGCUUUGCCAUGCAAAUUGGUGCGGCGAAGCUACACUAAAGAUACCCAUGGAUCGUGGUGUUCCUCUAUAUAUAAACAACCUACCACUUCGUAUCGUGUAGCGUUACCUUUUGAUUUCCUUGUACCUUAUGCGUGAUGUCAAUGUAUCCUUGGGAAUA